AUGGAGUAUCAGCGCUUACAGCUCCAGGCUAAGGAGGCGCAGCGCGCACAGGAAGAAGCACUACUUGCUAAGGAGACUCUUCAUAAACAACUGGACAGGAAUCGUCGCCUGCAGGAAGCCCAGAGAAGGGUGAGAAUGGCUAAACUGGUCUCCUCAGUCCUAAACACAGAUGCGCAGGCUGUUUCACCAGAGCCCUCAUUAACUCCUGAAGGCUACCUCCAGCUACCAGUAUCCACACCAUCUGCUAGUAGCACAAGACCAUCAGUUGUUAUGGAUACUAUUUCCACUGCACAUGCAGCUCAGCCACCUUCUGUGCCAAGACAACCCACACCUGUGCCAGACAACGCUCCGAGCCUUCUUCAAGCCACGCAGCCAACGCAGUAUGUACCUCCUAUCCACACACAGAGCACGGAUACACUCAUGAUGCAGUCGCACUCGGACAAUCAUGCAGCUCAGCUUCCUCCUGCGGUUAUGACUACACAAUCUAAUGUCGCACCCAUAAUGACCUCCGCCUUGUCUCCACCGAUGUAUGGCCAGCCUUUACCGCCUGCACUACAGACACUGCCAGUCCAAGGUCAACCAGCGGUCUCCCAGCCAUUCUAUCCAUCAUUUCAGCCCCGUGAUCUUCCACCAUUUGGAUCAGAUAUGCUGAUUGCUUCCACUUACGGUAUUCCCAGGCCUACUCUGCCUUAUUUUGAGAGUGGACGUGAAAGCGACUUUGCCCUGCUGAAGAUGGCACUCGACAACCUCCUGAGUACCCACACUCACCUCAGUGAACAGUAUAAGUAUCAGGUACUACUCGGCCAGCUGACGCACGCUAGCGCACUCCAACUUGCUAAAGCUCACAUGUACCACCCACAGCCCUACACCACGGCCUUGAAAGCUCUUCAAGACAAGUACGGCCAACCACGGCAGCUCGUUCAAUCUGAACUGGGUACAAUAUUGAGCAUGCCAGCUUUCAAACCAGGAGACUUUGCUGCAUUCGACUCCUUCACCCUGGCGGUGCAGUCAUUGGUUGGAAUGCUAAGGUCACUUGAGGGUCAUAACAGUUACGAGCUGAUGUGUGGCUCUCACGUCGAUCGCCUGCUGAGCAAGAUGCCGCCACACCUCCGUGACAGCUUUGUGGAAUACUGCCUGACCCGUGGUAUCCUUCAGACAGCCCGGACCAUGACGUCACCCUUCAGAGCGCCCAUGGGUGACGGGGCGGAGUUUGCGCGCGCUCUUAGCCAAUGA